AUGCAGACUGUACGGGAGGCCGAUGGCUCCGUUGUCAAAGAAAACGCCGACAAGACAACUCUGGAUCAUAUCAUAAUUCAAGGUACGCUCAAGUCAGGUGCAGUACUUUCAGCCGCUAUUCGAGGCGGAGCGCCAUUUAAAAGAACACCCGGGCUUGUAUGGAACAUCUAUGACGAACAGGGAGAGAUCAGAAUCACAGGUCCCAGUGCCUUUAUUGGGAGUGUUGGUACAACCAGCUUUGGGCUUCACAACUUCCACACCGACAAUGUGGAAGACAUUGAGCUCAAAGAAGGAACUUUUGCCAAGAUGGGCCCGAUCAAUAGGAAUAUCGCUCGUGUCUGUGAGGCAAUUGCUGAAGGUGGCCAUGGUGUUAGGUGUGAUUUUGAAGAUGCUGUGAAAAGGCAUGAGUUCAUUCGGGAAAUUCAUGACCAAAAUUUGGAGCGAGUGUCUGUGUAA